AUGCAGGUGGAAUAUGCUUUGGAGGCAAUCAAUCAUGCAGGUACGGCAAUAGGUGUUCUUGCGGAAGAUGGAAUUGUUCUUGCUGCCGAGAGAAAAGUGACAAGCAAGCUUCUUGAACAGGAUACUAGUGCAGAGAAAAUGUAUGUGCUAAAUGACAAUAUAUUAUGUGCAGUGGCAGGUAUGACAGCAGAUGCGGGAAUUUUGAUAAAUUACAUGAGAGAGGAGGCUCAGAGAUAUCUUAGUGUGUACAAUCAGGACAUUCCUAUUGAGACUUUAGUGAGAAGAGUUUGCAACGUCAAACAGGGAUACACACAACAUGGUGGAUUACGUCCAUUUGGUGUCUCGUUUAUAUUUGCUGGCUAUGAUGACAGGUAUGGCUUUCAGAUUUACACAAGUAACCCAUCUGGAAACUAUUCAGGAUGGAAAGCAACCAGUAUUGGUGCCAAUAACACAAGUGCUGAGACUUUAUUGAAGCAGGACUACAAAGAUGGAAUCAAUCUUGAUGAUGCAAAGAAGCUUACCUUGAAAGUUCUUAGUAAGACCACUGACAGCUCAAAGCUCACAAGUGAGAAGGUCGAAUUUGCCACUGUUCAGCUUACAAAAGAGCAACCUUCAUUGAAGAUAUGGAAGCCAGCUGAAAUAGAGAAGUUACUUGAAGAAUCUGGUGUCCAGGAUGAGAAUGAUGAUAAGGAGGACAAGAAUUAA